CCUUUCUUUUUAUCAUCAGUUACGCCCUUUGCCUGCCCUAUCCUCUCUCUCUCUCUCUCUCUCUCUCUCUCUGAAAACGAAGAAGAACAAGUUGGUUAGAGAACCAAACACAGUUAGUUCAAUCAGUGAUCAAACACAUAUAGAAGAAGCAAAAGUGGAAAGUCAUAUGAUUGAAUGAAAUAGCUCUUCCAAGUUCCAACCAGAAACAAGAGGUGAUUCAGGGGUGCUGAUACUGUAGGCAUAGAAGCAUAUGUCCAAAGAGAUCAUGACAUGGCAUAGUGACUCAGAUCCUGAGGAGAGGGGCAUUGAACUCAUCACACCCACCAUAGUUGUUAAUGACACAAAACCAAGCCAAAUUCGAACCAUAACCUGCCCCUCAUGUGGUACUAACAUUGAAUUACAAGAUCAGGCUGGAAUCAAUGACUUGCCGGGGUUACCAGCUGGGGUGAGGUUUGAUCCGAAUGAUCAGGAGAUACUUCAACAUUUGGAAGCGAAGGUGCUAUCCGAUGUGCGCAAGCUUCAUCCGCUUAUUGAUGAGUUCAUACCAACGCUUGAAGGAGAGAAUGGGAUCUGUUACACGCACCCAGAGAAGCUACCAGGUGUAAGCAAAGAUGGACAGAUCCGCCACUUCUUCCACACACCUUCGAAAGCGUACACAACCGGCACAAGGAAAAGAAGAAAGGUCCAUACUGACGAAGAAGGAAGCGAGACAAGAUGGCACAAAACAGGCAAAACAAGACCGGUUUUCGCCGGCGGCGGCAUAGUGAAGGGCUUCAAAAAGAUACUGGUCUUGUACACCAACUACGGAAGGCAAAAGAAGCCCGAGAAGACCAAUUGGGUGAUGCAUCAAUACCAUCUCGGCAGCAAUGAAGAAGAGAAAGAUGGAGAGUUAGUGGUUUCAAAGGUCUUCUACCAAACACAACCUCGGCAAUGUGGGACUAAUUCCAUUACCAAGGAUCCUUAUGAGAAAGUUAUACUGACUAGCCAAAACCAAAGUGUCCAUGAUGAUGAUAAUUUAGCUCUGAAAAAUGCAGCUCUUGUGGAUUACUACCAUCAUCCUUUCAUGAAUUAUGAUCAUGUGGGUCAUAAUAUGGAUAGCUCGUCUCAGCUUAUUCCAAACUUCGUUGUGCAAGGUGAUAGCUCUUCUUUCAUUCGGUUAGCAAUGGAUGCAAACAAAGCCAGGUUUGAGAGGAAAUAGCUUUAAUUUGUGGAAAAUUUCUUGGAAGACCAUGCAUAGUGACAAUGACUACAUAGAUGUUGAUGUCUUUUUUAUAAAUACAUGACAAUAUUUAUUCUAUAUAUGGGGUUAGAAUGAAGGAAGUGAAGGUCAUAUACAUGGGGAGGACUUGACCCAUAGUUGAAAUUAAGAGCCAAGGGAGAUAUGUUUUGGUCGUGGUCUAAUUUUAAAUUUAAUGUACAGGUAUAUAUAUAUACACUAGUGAAAUCUUUCACAUCUGCUUCACUAUAUGUUAAAAUAUAUUGUUAUAUAUGAUAUUUGGACAUGGAAAUGUUUAAUUUUCCUUUCCUUUUCUUUUAAA